AUGUUCUGUUGCCCUUCUACACUAUCAUUAACUGUGCAGGGCGAGAUUGUACGAUUACACAGACCUGCUUAUUCAGACACUCCCUACAUCAUCACCGCCGCUCAUCACUUUGCGACUCGCCAAGUUGCGACACCAACAUCUGGCAAAGUAAGCAAAUACAGAAGCACAGCAAGAAGGCCUGCCCCGCGGGUUCAGGGACAUGGCACCAGCCGUAGAUGCCGCGACCCGGAAAAGGGUUUUGAGGGUCAUCUUUGUUUCCCUGCUGUUAGACUUGGUAAGCAUAACAUUUUAUUUUGUCUUGGGUCUUGGGGGUGCCUGGCACUUGUACGCAUGCUGACAGCUCUUACUUGCCGGCAGCUCUCCUUUACCUUCAUCCUGCCCCUGUUCCCGAAACUGCUCGAGUUCUACCGCAACGCUGAGGCACCGCUCGAUGCUUCCGCCCCGGCAUCCAAGACUCUGCUUUCCGGCGUGCUGGGCUACCUCAAUGCGUACAAGGCCGCCUUUGCGCGUCCGAUUGAGUCCCGAUAUGAUAUUGUGCUGCUGGGCGGGGCUCUGGGAAGCUUGUUCUCGUAUGCAACCCGCUUUUUUUGCUGGCGUAUGAGUUCUCCUGUGUUGACAUUUUGUGUACCCUUUAGUCUUCUCCAAGCUUUUGCCUCCCCCAUCAUUGGUCACCUAUCUGAUCGCCAUGGCCGGCGCACUGCUCUUCUCGCCAGCAUGGCAGGCAACAUUCUCUCUGUCCUUCUUUGGGUUGUUGCUGUCGACUUCCGAACCUUCCUCGCCUCCCGAGUUGUAGGCGGUCUCUCCGAAGGCAACAUCCAGAUCGCUACCGCCAUUGCAACCGACAUCUCCGAUGACACCUCCCGCGGCUCCACCAUGGCCCUCAUCGGCGCAUGCUUCUCCAUUGCCUUCACCUUCGGUCCGGCCCUGGGUGCUUACCUCUCUACGGUUCCCACCGUGGCAGCCAACCCUUUCGCUACUGCUGCCUCGUUCUCGCUCUUCCUCAUCGUUACCGAGACCGUCUACCUCUGGUUCUCUCUUCCCGAGACCCUCCCCAAGUUGACCGGCGCAGACAAGAAGAGCACCAAGUCGGAGGCCAAGCCGAUUCGCAGAACCAACUCUCACUUUCUCCUCAACUUUAUCCACUUCACUUUCUUGCUGUUCUUCUCCGGCAUGGAAUUCUCUCUGCCCUUCAUGACGUAUGAUCUGUUUGGAUAUUCCUCGGCCAGUAAUGGUCGCCUGCUUGGCUAUGUUGGUCUUGUUGCCUCUCUCCUCCAGGGAGGUGUCACUCGCCGUCUUCCACCGCUCCUCUCGGUCAAGACUGGCGUGUUGGCUUGCCUUGCUGCCUUUGCCAUGCUCGGUCGCAUCACCACCGUCGGUGGUCUGUAUCUGGCUGCGACAUGCCUCGCUACCACUUCGGCUACUGUUGUUUCUGGCCUGAACGCCCUGAGCAGUUUCGAGGCGAGCGAGGAUGAACGCGGCAGGAAGCUGGGUGUUAUGAGAAGUUGGGGCCAGCUCGGAAGGGGCCUGGGGCCAAUUCUGUUCACCAGUGUGUACUGGUGGGCCGGGAGAGGCACAGCCUACACCCUCGGUGCGACGGGCAUUGCGGUGGUGAGUGCUCUGGUGUUGUUCGGGUUGAAGACGCCACCUGGGUCGGUGAAGGCCAAGACCAUGACCUCGUCGAAGGUGGAGAAGAGUGAGCUUUAG